AUGUCUGCAAGAAAUCCGGGGAUCCAGCUCGAUCUCGAAUGGGUUUCCAAAGUGAGAGUGAACACACAAGCUGUGUUAAGGAGGGCUCAGUACAUCCAAGGACUGAAAAUCCCCUCAAAACAGUGGCAGGCUGCAUGGCUGCUGAAAGCCAUCUCGUGCAUUGACCUGACCACUUUGGCCGGAGAUGACACGCCGUCUAACGUCCACCGGCUGUGCAUGAAGGCAACCCAGCCCCUCCAGUAUGAGCUCCUCAAGAAGAUUGACAUGCAUGACAAAGGGGUGACAACCGGUGCUGUGUGCGUGUAUCCAUCACGCGUGGCUGAUGCGGUCAAAUCACUUAAAGCCGCCAACUCCAAUCUUCCGAUUGCAUCAGUCGCCACUGGUUUCCCAGCUGGUCAAACCCCACUGGAAACCCGCCUGAUGGAGGUCCGCAUGGCUGUGGCGGAUGGCGCCACUGAGAUUGACAUUGUCAUCAAUAGGACGCUCGCAAUCACUGGACAGUGGGAAGCGAUGUAUGAUGAGAUCUGUCAAUUCAGAGAAGCCUGUGGCGACGCUCACAUGAAGACCAUUCUGGCAAUCGGCGAGCUGGGCACAUUCACUAAUGUCUACAAAGCCAGUUUGGUCGCCAUGAUGGCCGGCUCAGACUUCAUCAAGACCUCAACGGGAAAAGAAUCCGUCAAUGCCACCUACCCCGUCGCCGUAGUGAUGGUGAGGGCCAUCCGCGACUACUUCUUGCGAACAGGUCACAAGGUGGGCUUCAAGCCAGCGGGGGGCAUCCGAACAGCUAAAGAGUCUUUGGUGUGGCUUGUGCUGAUCAAAGAAGAACUCGGCAAUGACUGGCUCUCGCCUCACCUUUUCCGUUUAGGAGCAAGCAGCUUGUUGGCCGAUAUUGAACGACAGAUUUAUCAUCAUGUAACAGGACAGUAUGCGGCCUAUCAUGAGCUUCCAAUGGCCUGA